ACUCUCAAAUUCCAUGCUAGAACUUUCAUCCAAUAAAAAAGUUUUUAUUGGAAAGCGUGUCAGGUUUGAUUAUAUCGCCUGGGAAACAGUCUCGUACGGGCGAAGGAAACAAAUUUCAAUCGUAAGCCCAAGCUAAUUUCCAGUCUCUUCUUCUUCUUCGGUUUCUGUAAUUUUGGUUUAAUAAUGGCGAAUACCGAGUUGAAAUCCGAUAAUUUGUUUGAGAUGAUGAAGGCUCACUUGGCUAGUGAUGCUGGUAAAGAGCUCACCAAGAAGAUCGGCCUCGUUUACCAAAUCAAUAUUGCCCCCAAGAAAAUUGGAUUUGAUGAGGUUUCUUACAUUGUUGACCUCAAGAAAGGAGAGGUUACCAAAGGUAAAUAUGAAGGGGGAAAGCCUGAUGCUAUAUUUUCGUUCAAGGAUGAUGAUUUUAUGAAGGUUGCCACUGGAAAGAUGAAUCCACAGAUUGCUUUUAUGAGGGGUGCGAUGAAGAUUAAGGGGAGCUUGAGCGCAGCUCAGAAAUUCACUCCUGACAUUUUCCCAAAGCCUGCAAAGAUGUGAGCAGAGAUGCUAAUGUAUUAUGUGUUAGUUCUUUCGUAUGUUGCCCCAAGUGGGAAAAUUAUAAAUGGACUGUCAACCUCUUUCUUUGAUAGUACACUUGACUUUUGUCAUUGCUUUAUAUAUUAGAUUACCAGAUCGUAAGGCGACUAAUCCACAAGGGUUUGGACUAUAAGGUUCCCCAAUACAUUAUAUUGAACAACUUCGAUA